AUGGCGCCCACUCUAUUAUUACGCGAUGCGAGAGUGAGCGUCGUGUGCGCCACGAGUCAUCAACGCACAGAUUCGCAAAUGUUCGUGAAUGCUCGCUUCGCUGGUCCCAGUACACAGACUCGCUCGCGCCCUGCCAUUCCCGCAGCUGCACCUCCCCGCCUAGCGCGCCUCUCCAGCACCCAUGCCGCCUUCUUCUCCGCUCGCCUCCCGCUCGUCCCCGUCACGCGCCUAUCCGCCCCCUCGCGCCGCACCAAUGGAGGGGCCGUGCGCGUCGCGGCGACCACGUCGGGCGGGCAGGGCUCCGCGGGGUCGGUGGCGGUCGGUUCGUUCCGCGCGGGGCAGAAGCGCGCGGAGGUGCGCCUGCCGGCGCUGCUGCUGACGCUGACCAGCGCGGAAGUCCUGCGCGGAGGGGCGCAGGGCAGCGCGGAGGCGGUGGAUGCGGCAGUGGCGGGGGGCGUGACCAUGGUGGUGGUGGGGGAGGAGGGCGCGGGCGGCGCGGGCAUGGAGCUGUUCGAGGCGGCGUGCGCCGUGAAGGAGGUGGUGCGCGGGCGAGUGCCGCUGCUCGUGGCGGAGCGCGCCGAUAUCGCCGCCGCUGCCGGCGCUGAUGGCGUCCUGCUGUCCGAUAACGGCCUGCCGGCAGUGGCAGCGCGGCGCAUGAUGGAGAGUGCAGCGUCGGGCCCGCUGCUGCCACUCGUGGCACGCCGAGUGGCCUCCGUGGCCGCCACAGUCACCGCCACCACCGCUGACGGCGCCGACCUCAUUCUGCUCGCGCCCUCUGCUCCCGCACCAGGGGCUGCUGCUCUCACUGCCAGCCGUGCGGGGCGCACUGCUGAUGCGGCAGCAGUGGCGCAGGUGAGGGCGCGGCAGGUGAGCAUCCCCGUGCUUGUGCAGCGGGGCGAGGGGGCCGCGUGGGCAGGGGGGGAGGGCGUGCAGUGGGUGCGCGGCGUCAUGGGCAGCGGCGCUGCUGGCGUGGCCGUCACUCUCUCCUCACUGCUGCAGGCGGCAGCAACAGAACCAGCCGAAGCAGCAGGAGCAGAAGCAGGGGAAGUAGGGGGUGUGGGAGGUGGCGGGGAGAGCAGGGCGAUGCGGGCAGCGGUGGGGCGCGUGGUGGGCGCCAUGGCUGAUGCUCGGUGGGUCACCAAGGGCAUGGGGGAGGGUGCGGGGGAGGAGAGUGAGACGGAGAGUGAGGGGGAGAGUGAAGAGGAGGGGGAGGAAGUGGGGAUGGGAGUGGGAGGUGCAGCAGGGGACGAGGUCCUAGGGCGUGGGGACGUGGAGGAGGUGAGAGAGGAGGUGAGGGAGGAGGUGGAGCAGGUGCUAUCUGGCGUGGGGGGGCCUCCGGGGCCCGCUGCUGCGAGUGCUGUGGCGGGGGAGGAUGUGCGCGUACAGGGGGCAGGGGAGGGGGAGGGGGAGAAGGGGGAGAAGGGGGAGAAGGGGGAGAAGGGGGAGAAGGGGGAGAAGGGGGAGAAGGGGGAGAAGGGGGAGAGGGAGGAGGAGGAGGAGGAGGAGGAAGGCGAGGGCAGGGAGGGGCGGGGGUUGCUGGACGUGGAGGGGCGGCGGAUCAUGAAGGCAGAGAGGAAGCUGCUCACCUCGCUGCUCGCCCUGCUCCAUGCUGCCUGCCCCGAUAUGGCGGAGAUACAGCUGUUGGAGGACUCCCUCGCCCGCCUGGGAGAACCCUUCCUCGUUGUUGUCGUGGGCGAGUUCAACUCGGGCAAGUCGUCACUGGUGAACGCGCUGCUGGGGGACGCCUUCCUCAAGGUGGGCGUCGUGCCCACCACCAACGAGAUCACGCUGCUGCGCCACCUCGACACCUCGCCCUCCUCGCAGCUGCGUGCGCGUGCCGCUCAGGCCGCCUCCAGUGCAGCGCUGUCGGCGGCAGCAGCGGGGUCGCAGAGGGGCGCCGUGGCGGGGCGGGCGGCAGCGCGGGCGGUGGCGGGGCGCAUGGCGGUGGAGGAGCAGCGCCACCCCGACGGCCACAUGAUCCGCUUCCUGCCCGCCGACCUCCUCAAACAGAUGAACGUGGUGGACACGCCGGGCACGAACGUGAUAUUGGAGCGGCAGCAGCGCCUGACAGAGGAGUUCGUGCCCCAGGCCGACCUCGUGCUCUUCGUGCUCUCCGCUGACCGCCCCCUCACCGAGUCUGAGGUGUCAUUCCUGCGCUACAUCCGCCAGUGGGGCAAGAAGGUGGUGUUUGCGCUCAAUAAGGUGGACUCGCUCUCCUCGCCCGCUGACAUGAGGGAGGUGCAGGAGUUCGUCACAGCCAAUGUCAAGCGCCUGCUCGCCGUCGACACCGUGCUCUGCUUCCCCCUCGCCUCGCGCCCCGCCCUCGCCGCCAAGCUCCUCCACAACGCGCCCUACCCCUUCCCCCCCGCGCCCUCGCCCGCCCUCUCCUCCUCCGCCGCCGCCGCCCUCCCGCCGCCCGACCCUGCCGCCCAGGCGGCUGCCGACCGCCUGCGCAACGACCCCUCCUACCAGGCCUCAGGCUUUGCCGACCUCGAGAUCUUCAUCCAGCAGUUCCUGGAAGGUUCCUCCGACGCCGGCGCAGAGCGGCUGCGGCUGAAGCUGGACACGCCCCUGGGAGUGGCGUCGGCGCUGCUGGCGGGCGCGGAGGGGCAGUUAACGGCACAGGCAGAGGCGGCAGUGCGGGAUGACGAGGCUCUGGCAGCGGUGGAGGCGCAGAUGGAGGGGUACAGCGCCGCCAUGCGCACCGACUCGCUGCUGCAGCGCUCCCGUGUGGCCGCACUCGUGAGGGAGGCGGCGGGGAGGGCAGAGGAGUUUGUGGAGGCGACUCUGCGGCUGGGCAAUGCUGACGUCAUGCUGCAGUACCUGUUCUCGCCGCCCGGAGGGGGUGGUGGGGGUGGUGGCAAUGGGGCGAGUGGCAGUGGCGGCAUGCUGCCUGUGAGCAAGAGCUUUCAGACGCAGAUCGUGGGCACCGUGGUGGCGGACGUGCGGCGAGCGCUGGUGGAGCACCACGUGUGGCUGCGCUCCAACAACGCGCGCCAGCUCGCCAGCUACCGCGACUUCGCCCGCACCCGCUGGCCCUCCGUGCCGCCCGCCCCCACGCAGCCGGGCAGCGAGGAGGAGAGCGAGGGCGAGGGCGAGGAGGGGAGGAUCCCCGAGACGGUUGGCAUUCUGGAGGGGUUCAGCCCGCGCGCUGCUGCGCUGCUGCUGGAGGAAGAAAUGAGGGAGUCGGUGGUGAGCACGGUGACAGGGCUGGGCGUGGCAGGGGUGUCGGCAUCAGUGCUCACGGCCGUGCUGCAGUCGUCACUGGAGGACCUGCUCGCCCUCACUGUCUGCACCGCUGGCGGCUCCCUGAACGUGCUCACCUUCCCACAGCGGCGGGAGAAGGUGAAGGGCAAGAUACGGCAGCGUGCAGCGGGGCUCAUCAAGCGCCUGGAGGAGGGGCUGGAAGGCGAGCUGCAGAGCCGCCUGGCCGACCUGGAGACACGCAUCCGCGCUGAGCUGGCGCCGUACCGCCGUGCUGUGGACGAUGAGCUGGUGCGCGUGGAUGCUCUGCAAUCGCAGCUGCAGACGUCCACUCAGCAGCUCGAGGAAUUAAGGCAGCGGGUCCGCAAUCUUUCCGUUUAA